CGGAGCUGGCUGCUAGGCCCAGCGACGUGGCCGUCGCAGCGCUGAAGGAGGACCUGAAAUGUGGCAGCGCAGCGGUGUUGAAAAAAAGCACGUCCGAGCGGCAGAAAUUGCAGAGGCGCGCCUAGUCGCCUGCUGCGCUCCGGUCGCGCCCGCUCUCAGGCGGAGGCCGAGAUGGCCACGCAGCUGAUGGCGCUGCGGUUCGCGCCUGACGACAGCCUGCAGGCGGCCGCCUCCUGCUCCAGCCUGUACACGGCCAUCAGCUACCUGCACCAAGAGUGCGAGCUCUGCGCCGGACGCUUCACUGUGAAGGAGAUGGUCAGCAUGACACACUGCACCCACCGCUGCUGCCACGGCUGCGCCCAGGCCUACUUCACCCAGCGCAUCAAGGAGCGCCCCCUGGCCGACCUGCGCUGUCCGUUCUGCAACGAGCCCGACCUGACGAGUGAAGAGAUCGCAUCGGACUAUUUCUCGCAUUUGGACAUCAUGCUGAAAACGCUGGUAACACCGGAGAUCCAUGGCCUCUUCCAUAAGAAGCUUUUCGACAGAGCCAUGAUGAAGGAUCCCAACUUUAAAUGGUGUCCAAAGUGUUCGUCCGGUUUCAUCGCUGCUCCGCGGCAGAAGACGCUGCACUGCCCUGACUGCGGUACCGUCAGCUGCGCUCUCUGCACGAAAACGUGGUGCGACCAGCACGAGGGCGUCACAUGCGAGCAGUUCGCGCUCUGGCAGCAGCAAAACGACCCCGAGUACCAGAGCGUGGGCCUGGAGCGCCACCUGGCGGAGAGCGGCAUCAGCUGUCCGGCCUGCCGCUUCCGCUACUCGCUGGCCAAGGGCGGCUGCAUGCACUUCACCUGCAGCCAGUGCAAGUACGAGUUCUGCUCCGGCUGCGGCCGGCCGUUCAGCAUGGGCAGUCGGUGUGGCCAGACCGACUACUGCGCCCGGCUCGGACUGCACGCGCACCACCCUCGCAACUGCCUCUUCUACCUGCGCGACAAGGAGCCGCAGCAGCUGCAGCAGCUGCUCAAGAGUAACGCAAUCGAGUACGACACGGAGCCGCCGGGUGGUACGGAGGUGUACGGCGAGGUAGGGCGCCGCUGUCGGGUGCAGGAGCAGAAGGAGACGGCCGACGGGCUGCGAGACGACCUCUGUGGCCGCACGGUGACCCCGGGUCACGCCGGACUCUGCCGAAUGCAUUACGUCGAGUACCUGGCCGGCCUGGUGUGGCAGCACCAUCUGGACCCGGUGGCGAUCAGUGACGCGGCGGACCUCCGCCAGGAGAUGCGACGUCACGGCAAGCGCGUGCGCAUACAGCGUGUGCGAGAGUCGGACGAGCGAUACACGGCCGCCCUGCGCAAGCUGGUGGAAACGGAGCUCCCGCUGGACGUGUGACCGACCGGACCAGCGAGGCAUCGAGUCGAGGCGGCGGCUGCUCUCUGGAGCUCCCGCUGGACAUGUGACCGACCGGACCAACGAGGCAUCGAGUCGAGGCAGCGGCUGCUCUCUGGCGCGAGGCUCUAAGGCGCAGCGCUCCGCAUAGCCAUGGGCAGACUCGCGGCAAUCAAGAUCACGACUGGUCCAUAUUUGCGACAAACGGCAGUGCCACGUGUGUCGUUAGGGCUGAGCCCCCAGUUUGCGCUCCUCGCGCCCGGCCGGCUGUCUUUCUAGUCAUGUGGUAGGUCUCAGAAGUGUCUAAACAAGUACGUGAACUGUACUGGCAACCACAAGACGGGCGAAAAACAGAUGUUAGCAUUCGCCUCACACCUGUGUGGAGUCAACGUGAAAUCAGUGUACGGUGAACACGAGAAUGCGCUCAGCCACGUGCUACAUCAUGAGAUGUCAAGUGUAUCACGAAUGCGCAAAUGCGGGAAGGCAUUGCGGUGCUAUGGCAACACAUGCAUUACGGCACAUCGUAAUACCUGUCCCCGAAUCCAGGUAAGCCUACUCGAACACGUGUGUUCACCCAAACUCUAGGAAUAUUCCGUCAUUCAAGCCGGAGGCCAUCCACACGUCAGCAUUUAGACUCGCAUGGCUACAUCUGUGGGCAUUUGAUUGUCCCACCAUAUGACGUGCGUUGCGUCUUAAGCGCACACGUUGUGUAACUUCCAGCUUUCUGUAAGAAAUUGCCUGCAGGCAAGAACAUAUGUCGCUGGAAUACGUAUUGUAGAUGGUGUGUGGCUGUGUUUGUACCUUGGUUCCCUUUUCCAGUGCAACACAGAUAGUAAUGCCUGCUGCGUAUGGAAUGAUGAUAAGUAGAUCAGAUGUUAUAUUAACCUUCGUCAGACGUAUCGCAGCGGACUUUACCUUCGCAAACGAAUCUCCCCGGACCCCAUCAUGCUACGAAUGAAGCAUUCAUAAAAACGGCGAACAUAGCUGGCAAACCUGUGAUUUAAGCGUGCCAGUGUAACGUGGCCCAUAUGAACUAGCCGCACAACAGCGAUCACAAAGAUCAACGAAAUCAAGUUAGUAGAAUCAAGUCAUGCAAAUGCAGGGACAACAACUGCACGCAUGUGUACGAAAGUGACAAUGGUUGGAUGUCACUGUCAUAGAACAGCGACGAAAUGCAAUUGUAUGCCAUCAACUCAACCUUGAAGCAUGUUUUCCACGUAUGCGGCAUGGUCUGAGCACAAUCACAAGGUUACGACCAUGCUACGUCUGCCUCUGGUUGUACGUGCGUUGCAUUCGCGCAAGAGGACAACGCCAAUAUGUACUCCCUUUUUGGCAAAUUCUUUGGUCAUCGGAUUAAGAACAGUUCUUUUGGCAGACAAACACAUGUGCUUACCGAUGUAUACUGUUUGCAUAGAUUGAUGGCAUUGAUAGUUCAUGCCAACCCUGUAGUGACGUCUCCGCUGGCUUGGAUGACGUUUGUGAGAUUGAAUAUGGUUUUGUAUAACAAUGAAUACUUCAAAUAUAGAUUCUGCAAGACUA